AGCUUAUGACGUCAUUCCUGCACAGGCAGUAAGGGAGGGGAAGAAAAAGGAAGCUCUGCCGAUAGGAUUGCUUACAGCAAAACUUCCACAAAACUUUCGUGUGUCGAGGCCGACAAGGGGAUCGGAAUGCUGAGGAGGGAGAUCUGAAGUGUCCAACAUGUCCUCCAACCUGGACUCCAGUCUCACCAGCAUCGACUGGCUGCCCCAACUGGGAGUCAGCAGCCUCCGCUCGGGUCGAGAACGAGGAGAGAAGAGGAGGGACAGAGGUGCGGAUGUCUUGGCGUCGCUCCCGGACGCCUCUCUCUCCAACCCCAAAGGCAAACCCCCCCACAGCUACGCCACCCUCAUUGCCAUGGCGAUCAGCGCCGCACCGGAGAGGAAGCUGAGCCUGAAUGACAUCUACACCUGGAUCAGCGACACCUUCCCUUACUACAGCCGCACGGGCCGAGGAUGGAAGAACUCCAUUCGGCAUAAUCUGUCCCUGAAUAAAUGCUUCAGGAAAGUUCCUCGUCCGCACAGCGACCCCGGGAAGGGCUCCUAUUGGACAAUGGACAGACCAGAUGGGGUCAACCAAGCCAGGGUGCCCAAACGUCCUCAUCCCGGGGAGCAAAAGGAGAGGGUGGAUGUUGCACAAGCUCCAAUAAGAAGAGCCUCACCUUGCCCCCCCGCCCACAAAGAAGGCAGUGUACCUAAUGAAAAGUCUGCCUGCCUUGCUCCUCCCCCAUGCAAGCAACCCUACAUGCCGUCUCCUGCCCCUCGUCCACCCGCCGCCCCCAUCGACACACCCCCCGCUCUCCCUGCCCCCCCUCUUUCUGCUGCCAGUGCUUGUCCAACAUUCCCUGCCCACUCAGGACCAGCAUGUCCUCCUACUUCCUCUUCCGCUUCUAACUCCACCCCCUCGGCUCUCGCCUUUUCAUCUGCGGCCCCGCCCCUCGCUGCCCCUUUGACCGCGCCGCCACCCGGGGGCUCGGUCAACGCCUCGGCCGACCCCCCGCUCAGAUUCACCUUCGAUGAGAUGCCCGACCUGUACGCGUCCUUUAAGUCUCUCUUCAUGAGCAUGAGGGGGAGGGCAGGCCCACAAGGCCCAGGAGUGGAUUUCGCUCCACAGACGCUGUCCACCAAUGACAACACUCCACUUCACACCCCGGUUCUACUACCCAUGUCUCCUCACCAUGCCACAGUAGCAUCACCUGCGCCUCCUAGCGACACACUGCGCCUUACACAAUACACAGUGCCAGCUGACUGGCUGGCCAACACCAACUCCCUGAAGGAGAGCUUCCGCAUCGCCAGCAGCCUGGACUGGGCAACCAUUGACCUCACCGACCACCCAGACCUGCUUGAGAGCAUGCGCCAAGCGGAGCUGUGCGACUGGGCGCUGGACCCGGCCCUCUUCACGUCCCUCUGCGACUCCCUCAACCGCUUCUUCGCUCAGAAAGGCAUGAUCACACCAGGAAGUAACUCCCCGCUGGCCCUCGCAGCGCAUCACAUCUCCAAUCCUCUGCCGCCGCCGUCGUCGUCUCUCACCCAGCCCACGUCCUUCCACUACGCCCCCGCCACCUGGGCGCCUUUACCCCGCAGGCCUCUGCACUCGCACGGGCACAACCCUCAUCGGCCCCUGCAGACGCAGCCUGCAAACACAGCUGGUGGGAUACAGCCUCCCGCUACCACACCACGACAACGUCCUCCUUUCAAGAGCCUCCACAGCAACAGUGAGGAGAUCCAGGACGACUUUGACUGGGAUUCUCUGCUGGUCUGACGGAGGAACCCAUUCUACCACAUCAGGGGUUUCCAAAGUGCGGCCUGGGGGCCAUCGGUAGCCUGCCGCACAUUCCAAAAAAAAUUACAAAACAGCAAAAAUGAAAAAAUCAGCAGUUAUCUUUCACAAAUGAAGUCAAAAUAUCGAGAUAAAAAAAUUGGAAUCGAACAGAAAAAAAGUCAUUUUUACAAGGAUAACAUAAUAUAUAACAUAGUAUUAUGAGGAAACGUCAUUUUAGUACCAGAAAGUUGAAAUAUUAAAGAAAAAAAGACUUAUUUAAAAAAAAAAAAAAAGAAUAUUACAAAAAAAAGAAUAAGGUUGUAAUUUUUGGGAAAAAGUGAUAAAAGUUAUAAAAAUAAAGUCAAAAUAUUAUGUGAAUAAAGUCAAUAUUUACAAAAUUAAAGUUGAAAGUUGCAAAAUUAAAAAAAAAACAAAAACAAUUGCAAACAUGGCUGUAAAUGUAUGAAAAUAACGCCAAAAUACAGUAUUAGGAAUAAAGUUUUUUUUUUAAAUCAAACAAGAAAAGGCGUAAUUUUAUGAGAAUAAGCUUGUAAAAUGAGAAAUUAAUUUCAGUAGCAUACAGCAGAAAUAUUAAACAAAAAAUAUUGUUUAAAGUUGUAAUAUGAGAAACAAAGUAGUUUUUUCAAAUUUGAUUCUGUUGUCAUUUUUGGAAAAUUAGGCUGGGUAAAAGUUAUAUCAUGGGAAUAAAGUUUAAAAAAAUGUGGGAACAAAGUAUAAUAUUAUGGGAAGAAAAUGUAUGAAGAUUUAAAGAGUUUAAACAUUUUCAGGAAAAAACAGCAAAAAUUGGGGGAAAAAAAGAGCAAAGGUGAUCGUGUUUGUUCACAUAUAAGACAAAGUUGAGCUGUAUAGAACUUCUCAGCAUAUCUACAUGCGUUGCUUUACAAAAUGUCAAAGUGGCAAAGUUGCAUCCAGUCAGUAUUCAUUGGAAAAAGUUUGGACACCCCUGUUCCACAUCAACAUUGUACUUGUUGAAUUGUGUUUGCUGGCGUUAUGGUGUGACAUUUAAAAAGCAAUGUCAUCAAGGAAAAUAAAAUAUACAUUUAU